AUGGAAAUAAUAGAAUCAAAUAAAGGCAUAGACAAAUUAGCGUUCAAUGGCUAUAUGUACGUAAUGAAGCACGCAGGAAAAAAUUAUUACACAUGGAGAUGUAAUAAAAAGAGUUCUCUAAACUGUCCAGCUAUUCUCCACACCUCAAUAAAUAAAACAGACCCCAUUCUCAAAGUUCAACAUCAGCAUCCUGCUGAACAAUCAAAAAUCGAGAUUGCAAAGCCAUAA